CGGACGUCUUCGUGUCAAAAAUGAUUCUUGACUCAAACAGGAAUUUUGAUCAAAUAAUAUGAACUAAACACUACAAAUUUAACCAAAUUGAAGCCACUCAGCCUUAAACGAUAUCUUCUAGAUACACUAUACGCAAAAUUAGGUUGGUCAUCGUUGAAUAAGGUAUUCUUUUGAGACAAUGGAAAAAUAUACUGGUGCUAUGUUUGACAAGCUGGAUAAGCUUAAGAGUGCUGCAAUGAAUGCUACAGUCACGGCUUAUUGUGCUACUAAAAGUGCUGUAGGAGCCGUAGGAGCCUUGAUAGGGAAUCCUUUGACCAAGGACUAUGAAGUUGGCAAGCAUGUGGCGAGCUUUGGACCCAAUUUGUGUUGGAAGAUUUUCGAUGGGAAAAGGAAAUCUACCGGACAGGAAGUGUCACUCGUAGUUUUUGAGAAAAAGACUCUGGAUUCUAUCGAUAAGCAUGACCGACCAGCUGUUCUGGAGGUGAUGAAGAAGGGAGCUGUACAACUGACCAGGCUGCGUCAUCCAAGAAUACUUAUGAUACAACAUCCUCUUGAGGAAUCAAAAGAUUGUUUAGCAUUCGCAACAGAACCAAUUUUUGCGAGUUUGGCCAAUGUUCUUGGACGACAUGAGAAUAUGCCCAACCCUCCUAAUCCAGAUUUUGCUACAUUUGAAAUGUAUGAUGUAGAAAGAGUUUAUGGCUUAUAUCAGCUGGUAGAAGGACUCACAUUUCUACACAAUGAUGCAAAGAUACUUCAAGGAUCUCUGAACCCAGAACACGUCGUCAUCACCAAAAAUGGACAAUGGAAGAUUAGCGGCCUCUUCUUUAGCUCCACCCCCACUAUUAUUGAUGGACAGUCGACCUACAGUGGAUGCCAAUGGGAGCCACGCCUAUUUCCCUACGCUCAACCAGACCUUAAUUACUGCGCUCCUGAGUACAUCCUCUCCAGGUCAUGUGAUGUGUCGAGUGAUAUGUAUUCAUUAGGAGUCUUGAUAUAUGCGCUGUUUAAUGGAGGAAAGACGCCGUACAGUUGCGAUAACAAUAUGACAGCUUUUAAAAGAAAUGUUGAACUGAUGUCUAGAGAGAGUUUACCGGGGUUAGGUGGUGUCCCCCCUGAGCUCAAAAGUCAUGUGACAAGCCUUUUGAGUUUGACGUGUGCUCUAAGACCUGAUGUGCAUCAAAUGGCAAAGGUUACAAUAAUUUUUCUUAAAAAACUUGAACUUCUUCUGAGCAAAACACCAAGUGAUUCAAUCAGAGAUGAUGUGUUACCAAUGGUCUUCAGAGCACUAGAAGCACCUUCCACUGAUAUUCAGGAGAUGGUUCUGAAUAUUGUACCCAACUUCGCUCCUUUGGUGGAUUACACUUUAAUGAAGAACUCUGUAAUUCCAAGGAUCAAGACUCUUUGCCUUCAGACCUCUUCUCUUGCAGUCAGAGUGAACUCCUUAGUGUGUAUUGGUAAAAUCUUGGAACACCUGGACAAGUAUGUUGUGAUGGAAGACAUCCUGCCGUUCUUGGCUCAGAUCCCUUCAAGAGAGGCGCCUACUCUGAUGGCCAUGCUGGGAAUCUACAAACAAACGAUGAUUCACAAGAAACUAGGCAUGGAUAAAGACUACCUGGCGAUGAAAGCCAUUCCAUUCUUAUUUCCUUUAUCGAUCGAGCCUUCUCUUAAUCUUAAGCAGUUUUCUCAGUUUAUGGAUAUUCUGAAUGACAUGGUGAAGCGAGUAGGUGUUGAGCACAAAGCUAAGUUAGAACAACUCGGUAAAAUGCAAGAACAAACACAGUAAGUCAUCGAUAGUAGGUCGUGGAUUUUCAUUAAAGAAGGAAGGAUAGGAAGGUUAUGGAGAGGAUAGUAAGAAAAGGAACUGACAAAAAGGAAAGGAAAGGAAAGGAAAGGAAAGGAAAGGAAAGGGAUGGAAAGGAA